CUCCCGAGUCUCGCGGUACCCGGCUGGAGCCCUGCCGCUGCCUUGACUACCAGAUUCCACAGGUAGCCGUCGCGCUACGGAGGCCGAUUGGCCCGUAGAGGUUUGAAGAAAAAGAGAAUAUUUAGACUCUCCAAGCUCUUCCUUAACAUAGCUGUUAAAUCCAAGGCAACUGCAUGGACAGCAUGGAUAACAGUACAUCUUCUGCACAGUCACCCAGCCCACUGGAAAGAGACCCUGCCUUUCGGGUGAUUACAGUUACUAAGGAAACAGGUCUAGGUCUGAAGAUCCUUGGUGGCAUUAACAGGAAUGAAGGACCGUUGGUGUAUAUUCAUGAAGUCAUUCCUGGAGGUGACUGUUACAAGGAUGGACGUUUGAAGCCAGGAGAUCAACUUGUCUCAAUAAACAAGGAAUCUAUGAUUGGGGUAUCAUUUGAAGAAGCAAAAAGCAUAAUUACAAGAGCCAAGUUGAGGUCGGAAUCUCCUUGGGAGAUAGCAUUCAUCAGACAAAAGCCUUACUGUGGCCAUCCAGGAAAUAAUUGCUGUCCAUCCCCACAAGUGUCAGAAGACUGUGGACCUCAGACCUCAACAUUUAAUCUUCUUUCCUCUCCCCCUGAAACACUAAUUCCAAAGACUUCUUCCACUCCCAAGACUCAGGACUCCACUUUACCUUCUUGUAAAGCAAUUCAGACAAAACAUGAACACAAUAAAACAGAACAGACUCCAAUUACUUCUUUGGACAACAGCCCAACAGAUACAUCUAAUGCAGACAUUGCUCCAGCCUGGACUGAUGAUGGUUCUGGACCACAAGGAAAGAUUUCCCUAAAGCCUUCUGCUCGCCUUAAGGCAGAGAAACUGGAAAUGGCUCUCAAUUACCUCGGUAUACAGCCAACACAGGAACAACAGGAAGCCCUGAAUCAGCAAGUCCAGGCUGACUCAAAGGGGACAGUGUCUUUUGGAGAUUUCGUCCAGGUUGCCAGAAAUUUGUUUUCCUUGCAGUUGGAUGAAGUAAAUGUUGGUGUCCAUGAAGUGCCCAGCAUCUUAGACUCACAGCUUCUCCCCUGUGAUUCUCUAGAAGCAGAUGAAGUGGGAAAACUUAGACACGAAAGAAAUGCUGCUCUAGAAGAACGGAAUGUGCUUAAGGAGAAAUUACUGGAAUCAGAAAAGCACAGGAAACAAUUGCUAGAAGAACUCCAGAAUGUGAAACAGGAAGCCAAAGCUGUAGCUGAGGAAACCCGAGCUCUGCGAAGCCGGAUUCAUCUUGCUGAAGCUGCUCAGAGGCAGGCUCACGGGAUGGAAAUGGAUUAUGAAGAGGUGAUCCGCCUGCUAGAGGCUGAGGCCUCAGAACUAAAGGCUCAGCUCGCUCAUUAUUCUGACCAAAAUAAAGAAAGUGUCCACGACUUGAGAAAGAGAGUCACAGUUCUUGACUGCCAACUGCGAAAAUCAGAAAUGGCUCGGAAAACAUUUAAGGCAUCCACGGAAAGGCUCCUUCGUUUUGUAGAGGCUAUUCAAGAAGUACUUUUGGAGAAUUCUGCUCCUUUAUCAAAUUUAAGUGAAAGAAGAGCCGUGCUCGCAUCUCAGACUUCGCUUCCGCUGCUGGCAAGGAAUGGACGCAACUUCUCAGCAACCCUGCUUCUGGAAUCCAAGGAGCUUGUCAGAUCUGUCCGCGCCAUACUUGAUAUGGACUGCUUACCUUAUGGGUGGGAGGAAGCUUACACAGCAGAUGGAAUCAAGUACUUCAUCAAUCACGUGACACAGACCACAUCCUGGAUCCAUCCCAUGAUGAGUGUCCUGAACCUGCCCUGCGCGGAGGAGACUGAAGAGGACUGUCCCAGAGAGCUAACCGAUCCAAAAAGCUGAUGGGUUUCCAUGGGAAGUGGAGCUCCGGAGGCUUCCGGCUUUUCCGUCCAUGUGCACGACCAGACACAAGACACCACACCCUGAGACACAGGAAGCAAGCACACGCUAUCAGGAAGGGUGUCAAGUUGAAAGUGUGAUACUUUUGUGUACAUGUUAAAGAUCAGUUGCCACUACAGUAGUUUUUUUGGAAAUAAUCUGGUUGCAUUUAUUGAAGUCAUAUUAUAGUCAGAUUUUAUAUGCAUAUACCUUCUCAUUUAUAAUUAGAUCUUUAUAACUCAGUAUGUAUUCAUUGUUUGGUAUGAGAUACAAUGGUUUGUAUACCAGCACAUUAUAUUGAAAAGUUAUAUAAACAUAGCAAACUCCUUCUUCAGUAACUCCCAAAGGUAGGAAAGCACUAUGGGAGCUGCUUCUUUGCUAACUUCCCCUCUCUACUCACAGCUUAGGAAAAUGUUCUGAGAAAGCUAGGGGAGGGUGCCCAACACCUAUCCCAUUAGCUGCUGAUUACAAAUUUGGGCCUUUGUUUUGUUUUGUUUUGUUUUGUUUUACCAGUACCUCAUUGGACACCACUUAACUUCUAUCAUUAUAUCAUUAAGAGACUUCCACAUUUAUAAAAUGCUUUCAAACCUCAUCUUACUUAAACCAAACAACAUGGCUCCUGGGCUGAUUUACAGGGCAUUUCUACUCGUGGCUUCAGUUGGAGAAACAGUGGUUCAGAGAGACACAGCGUCCUGUCCCAGGGAUGAGACUCACACCUUCUCUUCUGAUUCCAUGUCCAGGCUCCUUUGGCCAGCUCCCUACUGUCUCCACAGAGGGAGACUACAGCCCAGCACAGCAUCUCCAUUCUGUUGUUGCAGCUGGGUCCACAGCUGUGCAUUCCACAGCACUCCAGAGGACACCUCAGAGGCCAACAUUGCCUCUUCAUAACCCCUCUCUCUUCCUUUGCAGCCCCACCCCCCACCCUUAGACAGUCAUCAAGCAGAGCACUGCUCUGUGACUUCUCAGUGGGCUUUGUCCAUGGCUUGUAUUUUCUAGACUAGAGACAGUGAUUUGCCAUGCCUGGGUGCCCACUGCCAGGAGGAGUGUCUGAGGAGAGCUGACAGGAGAAAGGUGUCUGUUUAAUGCUGCAAGAGUGCUUGUAAAAGGAUGGAGGCCAGGAGCCAGGCCAAGCAGCCCAGAAUCACUUAGGUAAGCACAGAGCUCCCAAGAACACAGUGCAGGAGUCUUCACUUAAAGCCACUUUAGAAAUAAGUCACUGAGUUCCUGCAGUGAAGCGCUCCUAUGUGAGCAUCAGACACUAGCUGCUACAUUUUCUGCGAAGUUUUACCUGGCAUAUGGAAUGUAUAUGAAGAAUACACACCAGCAUCCUGCUCACCCGUACCUCUGACUACAUUUAAGAUUUAGGUUUUAAGUUGAAUACACUUAGGAUUCACGUUUUCCAUCAGGAGGAAGGACAUAAAGUCAAAUACAAACUGACAAGGAGACUUUAACCCCAAGAAAGACAGAAUGUCUGGAGCAAAUAAAUGUCUCUCCUCACAGCUGUCUCGAUCUUAGGAUGCUUGGAGAAAGGGAUUAGGGGGAGGCAGUUCUGAGAGCAUCUGCAGAGGGAGCUGUUUCCUCGAGUCCCAGAGAAGUGAACAGUCACUCACACUUUUUAUAAGGGAGUGUCUGUGCUGUGAACCAGCACACUCCUUGUAGAUCUUCCCCCCAUGCCCCCAUUGGAGAGGGGCCUCUCUUGUUUGUAAGGGAAGCUGAGAUGGGAUCCUGGAGCAUGCAGUCUCUAGUCUGUAUGUGUUCAUGUGUGUGUGGUACUCACAACCUCUCUGCUGCUUGUACCAAGUCCCUCCCCAUUUCUACCAAAUACAUAAUCAAAAAAAGCAUAUAAAACACAUAGCACUAUUUACUGAGCACUCUUUACCAUACACUGCAAUGUACAAUGAAUGUCUUAUGGGAGGGUUUUUGGGAUAGUCUCUUCCUGUGUAUACCACCUUGGCCUUGAGUUCACUAUCCCUCUGCCUCAGCCUCCCAAGUGGUGGUAUUUCAGCAAAAGUACCUUCUUGAAGCUACCCAAAGUGAUCCCAAUUUUAUGAAGAAGCCAAGGUUUAAAGAGAAGUGAUUACUGCCCAAGGAUCCCGCUAUGCCUAAGUGUUCAUGCUGGGCCUGAAGGCAAGUCUUACACCCCAAGGCUUCUUUAAUCCAGGGGUAGAGCCUCCUGGAUUUGCUCAGCCCUGCAAGACUCCAGCUUUCAGUCAUGAGGAACCUCCUGGUUCAUCAGAAAGGAAUUCCCCAAGAGAAAAUAGCAUUCCAUCAGGUUCCUGUGCAUCUGAGUGUCCGAUGUGAAUGCAGCUAAGGAGGUUCAGCUUCUGAAUUAGCUGAGGCAGGUGAACACUCUUAGAACUACUCCUCAGUCCCAUGACCUCCAGACCCACAGAUAAAGGACAGAUGCUCAGACACUCUCAAGAAGAGGGCUCAUUGUGAGUGCUCCUGUGAUGCAGACAGAACCCUGGGUUACUUUGGGGGAAGUUGAUAUUCUUUAAGUUAUCCCCAUCAUUGUCACCAUCCACAGAAAAUGCCUCUCCACUGACCCCACUCACAUUCUGAGCUAUAGGAACCGGAUGUGGUUACAUCCCUCCCAGUGCAUGCUCCAGUGGCAUUGGACAUUAGUUGUGCUGCAAGCCUUGCUUCCUAGAGUGACAAGAGAAGGCCUGGCUGUCCUCACUCAUGUAGUCCCUUGGAAUGCUCAGUAACCACCAGCAAUGUGACCAGCACUUUGGUCACCAGGCCAAAGUAGGGCAGCAGCUAACCAUUUCUUAGGCUGUUUUAAAAAUAAUGAUCUUGAAAGUCAGAAUUUGUUACUUUUUUAACUACUAAAGUUUAAAAAUAAUUUAUUUUCCUUUCAAAAAAAAACAUCAAAGUUCUGUGGAAAUAAGUUGAGCUAGAUAAAUAGUCCCUCUAACUUUCUGGAAGCUGCCCUUACCAUCACCCAAGGGCAAGCCUGCCACCCUUAAGCAUCCCACCUUUGAGUUAGUAUGCUGUGGGCAUCGUUUCAUAACAGUAUAGGCAUUCUGUUGCUUUUUACGUGUCUGCUUAGGCCGGCACAUCCCAGAAUGCCCUUCAUCAGUUGUCCAGCAUCUCACUAAAGAAAUCUUAGAUGACUGUAAGUUAUUUCCUGUAACAGUGUCAUGGUGAGCAUUCAUGUAUUUAUUAAAACCUUUUCUUCAAGCAUCCCUGCGCUAAGAUACUGACAUCUGUAAGCCACUGUGUCAAAGUACAGUCAAAAUUUUGUCACUGAACAAAAAGCUUCUCCAUCCCUGUCUAAAAACCUGGAUGUUUUUAAUCAUUAGAUUGUAGCAUCUCUUUAGCAUCGGAGACUGGCUUGCUGUUGGGAGUGGGGGUGCGGGGGGGUGGGGGCCUGGCAGUUCCACACAUAGCAUUCCUCAUACUGCUCUCUAAUUUACAUGUAAUGAUGAUAAGGACUGCUUCAAAAUUAACAGAGAGAGCAAACUCACGCACACAGUACAAGUGCCGCCAUUUCUCCAUCUGUGGAACAGUGGUAUUCACCCUCGGGUCCACAUGAGUCAACUCAGCACACAUCACCUGAGCACCUAAUACAUGCCUGGCCAUGCAAAGUGUUAUAAUUGUGGAUCGUACAAAUUUACAGAUCAAAGAGCUCAAUGUCUUGAUAUUUCUACACACACACACACACAACUCACACACCAACAAUUGGUUUUCUGAACAGGAACAGGAUAAGUUACGGAUUUGUUUCCUAUGAACCCCUUAAAUUUGAAUAAUUAUGGAAAAUAUUGACCCCCUACCUUGGCUAGAAAAGGGGAAGAAGGAACGUGCUAGAAGAAGAGGCUUUCCAAUAACAAAUGAAAGGCAGCUGUCAAAAUAGAGUCAAACAGCACACUCAUAAACUGCUUGCGCAAUCAGAAAAUAUUAUCCUUUUUCUUGGGAGAAAUAGGACAUUUCUCUAUGGUAAGCAAAAUGUAACUUUUUGAAGGGUCAACACACUUGACAUUUUUAUGUUACUUAUACAGACAGAACUGAACAAACAUUAAUACAGCUUUCACAGUCUUGGGUAUAACAUUCAAGAUGAUGAAAAAGCACAGAAUAUGCUUGUGGAAUUUAAAGAAUUAAACGGAAUAUGCCUGCGGAACACGACUUUAGAGGUGUAAGACUCCAGAUGUUUUAGCCAUAGCUGUUCACAUGUAAUGUCAUUGUAUCAGUAAAAUGAUUUUACAAAUACUAAA